GGGUUUUGAGUCUUUUGACCCCCUCAAAAACUGCCAGUAACUUUACAAAACACACACUCUCUCUCUCUCUCUCUCUCUCUCUCUCUCUCUCGGAAAGGUCAUCUUCUAAAGAUUGAUUUUGGGGGCUUCACUUUUGCAACAAGAGUUAUCAUUCCAAAAUCAAAACCCUUCGCUAUCGGAAAUCAUACACGAUUGUAUAUGAACUAACUGCUUGAUUCCCAGGAAAGGGAGUUUGUUCCCCCCGUGGACAGUGUGAUUGGUCUCAAGGAAUGCGCGCGUAAGCUCCCAAACACCCUGAAUUAUUGAAAAAAAAAGAAAGAAGAAGAAAUGAAAUGAAAAGAAAGGGAGUUUGUCCCAAUUUGAUUUCUUGAAGGGAGAAGUAGAGGAGACACAGAAGAACAUAUACUAGAAAAUAAGUUCCAAUUUGUCCAAUUUGAUCCUGUAGGCUUGGUUAAAGAAUUUGUGCGCAAUCUAGAACAUAUUAGGAAAUACCCAUUUCAUGGUUUGGUAGCUAGGUUGAUUUUCAGAGGUACAGAUGUGAUUUGUGGAAUUAAUUUGAGAGAGUGAGACAUAAGUUUUGGUUUGGUAAUUAGAAGAGAGGUAGAGAGUGUGUGAUGGGUUCUUUCGUAGGGCAUGUUCUUCCAGGGACCUUGUUUCUUCUGGUUGGGAUGUGGCACACGUGGAGCUCCGUGGUCCGAUACAUCUCGGACCCCACAUCAUUUCGGGUUAGUGUUUGGAGUCCUGUGCCGGGUUUCAAUGGUAGGAUUAAGUUCUUGGAGCUCUACGUUAUAGUGAUUGGCGGUUUCAUUGACCUGUGUAUAGAGCUCUUGGUUGCUACCCGCUUGAGGUUCUUUGUUAACGGUGUAUUGGACCCCUCUCACAUGAUCAAUUUUGAGCAUUCCGGAAUGCUUCUCAUGUUCUUCAUCUUUGGUGUUGUCACACUGCUAUCGCAGAAAACCAGCUUUCUUCCCUUGCCAGAAGGAGCUUUGUGCUUGAUCGCUGCCUCAGCAUUCUGCGCAGAGUAUCUCCUAUUCUACUUCCACUCAGCUACCCACAAGGGGCUCGAGGGAUACUACCACCUCAUCCUAUUCCUCCUUAUUGCCCUAUGCAUUAUGUCGUCUGUUGGUGGAGCCCUCUUCCCGACAAGCUUCCCAGUUGAUUUGUGCAAUGGAAUUGGAAUAACACUCCAAGGCCUCUGGUUCUAUCAGACUGCGUUCACUCUCUAUGGCCCAAUGAUGCCUUCAGGUUGCCAACUCAAGGGGGAUAAUAUUUCAUGUCACUCAUCAGGUAGUGAAGUCAGAGGCGAGUUGCUUGCGAAUUUCCAACUAUUUAUGAUGGUGCUUGGUGUCCUUCUUGCUGUUGUUCUGUCGUAUGUUUUUUACUCUGCUUCAAGAUUUAGGCAUUCUGGUGUUAGAAGUUCGCAUCCAGCUGACAGUUGACUAGAUUGGGUUAAGGGUUACCAUUCAUCUACGGAAAGAACAACUCAAAUUUUUUAUUCCCAACUCGUAAGGCACAAAAAAAAGGUUCUACUUGAAUUUAAAAGAAACCUUAAUUGCAUUGCAAAGAAGUUUAAAUUCCUCAGUCGUCCUCUUGAUAUGAGAUGCGUGUCGCCUUUUGGUUCAUGGAGCUGAGUUUCGCUGUCGCGAACUUCUUCCACGGCGUCGUUCACAUGAAUCUCUAUCUGCUAGUUAUCAUCGUUGUUCUUGAACAGCUUCUUGCUUUGUUCGAGGUCUUUGAUGGCAUCCUUGUAAUUUUUGGCGCAUGAGUUGUACCGGAACUUCAACUCAGAGUCCUUUGUAUUGUUGUGAGCAAAAUUAAUCUCUUUGUAAAUUUUCUAGGACAAGAUAUGCGCUAGGUACCUCUGUGAAAACGCGACUUUUACCUCUUGCAGUUCGCAAGUCGUUCUUCAUCAAAUGGAGGAACCAAUGAGGGUUCAUGGACUUG